UUCCCUCACCAUCAUCAUGUCCUUCUUGAGAUCAGCAGUCAGAAUUGGUGGCAGCGCUAGAAUAAGCGCUAAAACAGCACAAUCUAGCGUUUUAGGCAGAAGAUUCGCAUCUGAUAAUGGUCCUGUUAUGAUGCAAGUUAGAGAAGCAUUGAACGCCGCCAUGGAAGAGGAAAUGCUCAAGGAUGAAACCGUCUACGUUAUGGGUGAAGAAGUCGCACAAUACAACGGUGCUUACAAAGUUACAAAGGGUUUGUUGGACAAGUUCGGUGAAAAGAGAGUCAUAGACACUCCAAUCACAGAAGCCGGUUUCGCUGGUUUGGCCGUCGGUGCUGGUUUGGCUGGUUUACGCCCUGUUUGUGAAUUCAUGACCUGGAACUUUGCUAUGCAAGCUAUCGAUCAAAUCGUCAACAGUGCAGGUAAAACUUACUACAUGUCUGGUGGUAACGUACCAUGCCCUGUCACCUUCAGAGGUCCAAACGGUGCUGCUCUCGGUGUCGCUGCCCAACACUCACAAGAUUACGCCGCUUGGUACGGUUCAGUUCCAGGUUUGAAGGUUCUCUCCCCUUACUCUUCAGAAGACUGUAAGGGUCUCUUGAAAUCUGCCAUUAGAGAUCCAAACCCUGUUUGUUUCUUAGAAAACGAAGUCCUCUACGGUGUCAGCUUCCCAAUGUCUGAGGAAGCUAUGAAGGACGACUUCUACCUCCCAAUUGGCAAGGCAAAGGUUGAAAGAGAAGGUACUGACGUUACUUUCGUCGCUCACUCUUUGGGUGUCCAACACGCUUUGGACGCUGCAAAAUCCCUCAAGGAACAAGAAGGCGUUGAAGCUGAAGUUAUCAACCUCCGUUCAAUUAGACCUUUAGAUAUCGAUACCGUUAUAAAAUCUGUAAAGAAGACCAACAGACUCGUCACCGUCGAGGGUGGUUUCCCUAAGUUCGGUGUUGGUUCAGAAAUCUGUGCCCAAGUUAUGGAAUCCUCAGCAUGGGAUUACUUGGAUGCACCACCAAUUAGAGUCACUGGUGCUGAUAUUCCAACCCCAUACGCCCAAAACUUGGAAACACUCGCUUUCCCUAACGGCGAAGUUGUUCACCGCGUCGCAAAGAGAGUUCUUUACAAGUCAUAAUAGACGAAGCAAUAAAUUUCUUCAUUUCAUUCCUUUUUCUAUACACUGGUAGAUAAAAAAUUUAUACAUUAAACUUUUAAAUUACAUUCCCCAGUUCUUUAUAUCAGUGUAAUGAUUGUUUACUUCUCCCCAGGUUGUAUUCAUGCUUAUUCCUUCCUCUUUGAGAAUCUCGUUGAUAGCUUCUCUAUUAUAAUUUUCAAAGUUUAUAACAGAAGGUGAGUUUGGUAAUGUCUCAUACACUCUCCUUGCUUCAGAGACUUCAUGAAGGAAUGUCUCAACACUUAUUCGGUGUUUAUCAAGUAAGAGUUGCGCCAAAUUAUCAUUAUGUUGCAAUAUGUUUUCGAUUGAACCAUACUUCUUUAUGUACUUGAGUGCCCGUAUUGGACCUAUAGAAGGUAUGGUAAUUGAGAAAUCAGUUCCACUGAGUAGAGCAAAAUCGAUGAGCUUUUGUCAAACCUAAAGCGCUAUGGAGA